AUGUUUCAGAACACAUCUGUAUCUACAUUCGUAUUUCUAGAAUUCGCAGAGACCUGGGAACUGCAGAUUCUUCAUUUUAUUGUGUUCCUGUUAUUAUAUUUAACAAUUGUUACAGGGAACAUUUUAAUCAUCUCUGCAGUAGCAUUUGACCACCAUCUUCAUACACCAUUGUAUUUCUUCCUGAUGAACUUGGCUGUACAGGAUUUGUGCUCUGUUUCAGUGAUUCUUCCCAAAUCUAUGAUCAAUUCCCUCCUGAAUACCAGGGACAUUUCUUAUUUUGGAUAUGUUGCUCAGGUUCUUUUGUUUUUCUUUUUUAUAUCAUCAGAUUUUUUUCUUCUCACAGUUAUGGCAUAUGACCAUAUGGUAUAUUGGUAUAUUGCCAUCUGUAAUCCACUGCACUAUGUAAUGGUGAUAAACAAGCAAGCAUGCACCCAAAUGGUUGCUAUGGUAUGGCUUGCUGGACUGACUUGUGGGGUUUUACAUACCAGUGGGACUUUUUUGACCCCUUUCUGCUCUAAUGUGGUAAAUCAAUUUUUCUGUGAGAUCCCCCAGUUACUUAAACUUGCCUGCUCUGAGUUAUACUUAAUAGAAAUUAGAGUUGUAAUUGUAAGUGUUGCCAUUGGAGUAGGUUGCUGCUGCUUCAUUAUUGUGUCUUAUGUACAUAUCUUCAUGACACUCCUUCAAAUAUCUUCCAGGCAGGGAAGGCAAAAAGCAUUUGCAACUUGUCUUCCCCACAUCAUUGUAUUUUCCAUGUUUUUACUUACAGGAAGUAUUGCUUAUUUGCGACCAACCUCUGACACUCCAUAA